ACGGUGGAUGGUUUAUUCUCGAGUCUUUCAGCGAUCUAUCGACAAGUGUAUAGACAAGCACGUCAAAGGAAAGCCAUCCAACUGAAGAACAGCACGCAAUCUCACGACCAAUGACGGACGUAGUGGAUCUCAUCGAUAUUUUGGUUCGAAACAAACGUCGACGUAGCGUCGAUGUUGCUCUUUUCCUUUGUUUCACUCUCCUGGCGGCCGCCGCGAUCGAACCGCCUCUUACCGCCGAAGAGAAAACAAAUCAACAAGAAAGAGAAAGAUCAUUCGCCACCGACGUUCACAGCCCAUCACCUCCAGCCGGUUCGGUUUUAGAAAAAGCUAAAGAUUCCGGAGCAGAUUUAUUGCAUCGAGUUGAAAGAGCUCUCAAGGAAACGGCGGAAACCCUCAAGGCCAGCAUGAGUGAUAACCUACCUUUUGAUCCUUCAGACAUCCGUCAAGAAGGAGCCCAAGAUGAGACGGCCGGAAGAGUCAAGCGAGCCGUUGGCGCGGAUGAAAACUUGGAACAAAAACCCGAGUCUUUGCUGCACCGAGCCAAGGAUUGGAUUUCUGGCACAACUCACGAAGGCGCAGAGAAAUUAGGACACGCUAAAGAUUCCACAGUCGAUGCCGCCCAACGGGCCAAAGAUGCCACUAUGGAUGCUGCCCAGCGCGCCAAAGAUGCCACGGUCGACACUGCUCAUCAGGCCCAAGAUACCGCAUCCCGUGGGGCCCAACGGGUUAAAGAAGGAUUCCAAGAUGCUGGUAGCCGGGCAAGUGAUACCGUUGGAUCAGCCUACGAUCGAGCCAAGAAUUUAGUCUCCCAAAACACCGACGAGGCUCAACAACAAGCCCAGCAAGCUAAAGAGAGAGCCGAAGAAGCUGCCCGUCAAGGUAAAGAAGAAGGUGGAUCUUUUUUCAAACGGGCCAAGGAAUGGAUAGCUGGAACUACGCACGAAGGCGAGGAGAAAUUGGAACAGGUUAAAGAAGAACCAUCGACUUAUUUCCAACAAGGAAAAGAUGCCACGAUGGAUGCAGCUCAGCGCGCUAAAGAUGCUACGAUGGACACCGCCCAUCAGGCUCAAGGUGCUGCAUCUCGAGCAGCCAGACAAGUCAAAGAAGGUUUCGAAGAUGCUGGAACUCGAGCCGGUGAAAAUAUCGGAUCGGCCUAUGAUCGAGCAAAGAACUUGGUCAGUCAGACCGGCGAUCAGGCGGAAGAACAAGCCCGACAGGCAAAAGCACAGGCUGAAGAAGCUGCUAAUCAAGGAAAAGAACACGCUGGAUCCAUUUUGCAACGGGCAAAAGAGUGGGUGUCGGGAACGGGCCAUCAAGCUCAAGAGACGGCCCAACAAGCAAAAGAUUCUGCCUCUGAAGGAGCCCAACAGACUAGAGAAGGAACCGAAGAUGCCGCCAGACGAGCUCAGCAAGAAUCCGAAUCGCUGAUUGAGAAAGCCAAGGAUUGGAUAUCCGGAACUGGUGAACAUGUUAAAGGCAAAGCCAAACAAGCUGGGGAUUCCAUUAGCGAUACGGCACACCAAGCAAAAGAUUCCGCUUCCGGGGCUGCCCAUCAGUUGAAAGAAGGAGCUGAAAAUGUUGGCGAAAGAGGAAACGAGGAAGCUGGAUCGCUGUUCCAUCGGGCCAAAGAAUGGAUUUCUGGAGCAGGUGAUCAGGCCAAAGAAAGUGCCCAUCAAGCAGGUGAUCAAGCCUCCCAAUCGGCCCAGGAAGCUAAAGACGCUGCUUCGCGAGCAGGUAGCCAAGUGAAAGAAGGAGCCCAGGAUGCUGGAAAUCAAGGCAAAGAGAAAGCUGAAACUGUUUUCGAACAAGUGAAAGACUGGGUUACCGGAACUGGAAGCGAAGCCAUGGAUAAAGCCCAGCAAUCUGGUGAAAUGGCCAAGGAAAAAGCUCGUAAUCUGAAAGAAGGAACUAAAGAUGCUGGAAACCGAGGUGUAGACGAAGCUGGAAAUCUGCUGGAGCGAGCCAAGGAUUGGGUGGCCGGAACUGGCGAACAAGCUAAAGAGAAAGCCCAGCAAGCUGGUGGAUCAAUCAGCGACAAAGCCCAUCAGGUGAAGGAAGGAACCCAAGAUACUGCGCACCAGGGCAAAGAACAUGCCGAGUCAUUGUUGCAUCGCGCUAAAGAAUGGAUCACCGGAACUGGCGAACAGGCUAAAGAAACGGCCCAGCAGGCCGGCGAUACGGUUGCAGACUCGACCCGAAGAGCCCGGGAUACCGCUGCUGAUACUGCUCAUCAAGCGAAAGACAAAAUCUCUGGCGCAGCGGAGCAAGGUAAAGAAAAGGCUGGAUCGGUUUACGAGCAAGCUAAAGACUGGGUUGCGGGCACACGGGACUCGGCAGAAGAAACGGCCCAGCAGGCCAGAGACAAAGCGUCUGGAGCUGCUGAACAAGGUAAAGAAAAGGCUGGAUCGGUGUUUGAGAAAGCCAAGGACUGGGUUACUGGCACACGGGACUCAGCAGAGGAAACGGCCCAACAGGUUAAAGACAAAGCAUCAGGAUUGUACGAUCAGGCUGGACAGACUAUCAAAGACAAGACGGGCCAAGUUCGUGACGACUCACGCGAAUCUAUGGAACAGGCGAAAGAUUCGGCUCCCGGAGUUGGUCACAAAAUCGAACAUGCCAUUCAUGGAUUGAUGGAAAAACUGCAUCUCGAACCACAUCAUCACGAUCAACCAUCUGUGGAGGUCAACGAGCGCCGACAGGAGAAAGCCGGAUCCCUUCUUCCGGGUGCAGAUGCUUCAAUGGAGCAAGAACUUGGAUCGAGUCAAUCAAUUGAGGAUGUCAAGUCUAGUGAUGAGAGACCUUCUACCUUUGCCAAGUUGAAGAAGCACGUCACUGGGCUCUUCAGCUCAAAUGAGGAGUUUGAGCCGAAUGAAGAUGCUUUGUCAGACACCACACUGUUGGAGGAUCGAGUGGCCAUAUAAGAUUUUGAGAUUUUAUCAUCGAUUAAUUAAUUAAGAAAGAAAACAAUUUUGAUUUCCUUUAGUUUAUAGUUCAUAUUUUUAAACGAGUCAUUGUGUUAACAAGGGAAAUGUGUGUAAUACACGAACUUGAAAAGAUA